UCUCUCUCUCUCUCUCUCUCUCUCUGUGUAUUUUGGAGUGCGAAUACAGUCGGCCACGACCCUGUUGCUUAUCAAACUCAUUAUCUCUCUCUCUCUUUAUAUAUCUGUUAAUUUUUUGCGGUUGCGCUGUCGUACCUUGCCGGCCAGGAGUGGAGGCGGCGACAUUUUGCCGGCACUAGUUCUACGGAGAAAUCGAACCCCAUUUGUCAAAGCUUUGAAUUGGCUCCACAAUUGUGGCGAUCUCAUUGAGGGGGGUGGUUUAAUUGAAUCCGGGGGGUUGCAAUUCGGCGGAGUCUUUGGGGAGUGGAACUUGAAGCGGGUUUUAUGGUAAUGUCUGGAGAGUUUUGGAGUUUGGGGAUUUUCUCUUUUUUCCAAUUGGGGUGGUUUUUUGCUAGAUGCAUUUAGAUUGAGGCGCCGGGAUUGAAUCAGGGGCUUAAUUUAGACGUUUCUUUGUCAAUUUUUUUUUCCUGAUCCGGCAUUGAUCGAAUUCAGGAAGAAUUGAAACGAACUGCUUGCUGGUGGAUCUGGGAUUAGGAGGGGGGAAGAUUGUGGUUCUCUUUUUUGUGUAAGAUGCAGUGGGGGAGAUCGAGAUGUGCAGGAUAGAGGGGAAUAAGUGGACAUUGAAGGGGUCGAUGGUGAUGGGAUUGAAGGCAUUGGGAGAGGGCAAAGUUGAGAAGCUGAAGAGUUCAAUGGUGUCGCCGAGGUCGAAGAUGAAGCUAUGGAUGAUCCGUGCAAUGACGUCGGUUUUGCUCUGGACUUGCAUCGUGCAGUUGACGGCCUUGGGGGAGACGUGGGGGCCGAGGGUUUUGAAGGGUUGGCCAUCUUGUUUCUCUCAGGAAUCUGCUUCAGUUGAUGCGUUCGGAAUCCCCAAUAAGCCAGUUCCAGUUCCUCCCAAAAUUGUGCUUCCUCCUAAGAGGGUCUAUAAGAACAAUGGUUAUCUAAUGGUCUCGUGCAAUGGAGGACUCAAUCAAAUGAGAGCUGCGAUUUGUGAUAUGGUUACAAUUGCAAGAUAUUUGAAUGUGACACUUAUUGUACCCGAAUUAGAUAAAACCUCCUUUUGGGCUGACCCCAGUGAAUUUCAGGACAUAUUUGAUGUGGAACAUUUCAUUACAUCAUUGAGAGACGAAGUGCGCAUAUUGAAGGAGUUGCCACCUAGGCUCAAGAAGAGAGUGGAACAGGGAAGGAUUUAUUCCAUGCCACCAAUUAGUUGGUCUGAUAUAUCUUACUACCAUAAUCAGGUCCUUCCUCUGAUUCAAAAAUAUAAAGUUGUGCAUCUAAAUAGAACUGAUGCUCGACUUGCCAACAAUGGUCAACCUAUGGAGAUUCAAAAACUGCGCUGCCGGGUAAACUUCAGUGCUCUGAGGUUCACUUCCCAAAUUGAGGAGUUGGGAAGAAAAGUUAUAAAGCUCCUAAGCCAGAAUGGUCCUUUUCUAGUUCUUCAUCUCAGAUAUGAAAUGGACAUGUUGGCAUUUUCUGGCUGUACUCAAGGCUGCAAUGAAGAAGAGGUUGAAGAAUUGACAAGAAUGAGAUAUGCUUAUCCAUGGUGGAAAGAAAAAAUAAUAAAUUCUGAGUUGAAAAGGAAAGAUGGUUUGUGUCCAUUAACGCCCGAGGAAACUGCACUUACACUGAGGGCACUGGAUAUUGAUCCCAAUAUCCAGAUUUAUAUUGCUGCUGGCGAAAUAUAUGGUGGCGAAAGGAGAAUGGCUGCUCUUUCAAAAGCUUUUCCGAAAGUGGUAAGAAAGGAGACUUUGUUGGAACCUUCAGAACUUAGGUUCUUCCAGAAUCAUUCAUCUCAGAUGGCAGCACUAGAUUAUCUUGUUUCUCUGGAGAGUGAUAUAUUCGUUCCUACGUAUGACGGAAACAUGGCUAAAGUCGUUGAAGGUCAUCGCAGAUAUCUCGGGUAUAAGAAGACAAUCUUAUUGGACAGAAGGCUACUUGUAGAUCUGAUAGAUCAAUACAACAGAGAAUUGCUUAGCUGGGAUGAAUUCUCAUCUGCAGUCAAAGAAGCUCAUGCCGCUCGUUGGGGGAACCCUACCAAGAGAUUGGUCAUUCCAGACAGGCCUAAAGAAGAAGAUUAUUUCUAUUCUAACCCUGAAGAGUGUCUGCAAUUGUCAGAGGAAGGAUUGAGUAGUACAUGAUUUACACAAAUAUGUGGAGUUGUGAUUACAUUUCCACCAUAGUUCUCCUCUCAGCUCUAGACAUUUUAACCAAAAGAGAUAUUUAAAUAGGGUUCCCCACAUGCAUUCUGGAAGUGUCGGAUUACUACAAGAGGUCAACUUCGAAAAAAUCCGAGAGAAUCUGUGGAGUCAGCUGGAGAACAUGUUUAAUUUUAUGCCAUAUGCAAUUCCUGUAUAGAAGAAGGAGCAAGCCUGCCAUUUGGAGAAGAAGAGAGCAGGUGAAGUUAGAUUGUACACAGAAGAAGAAGAAGAAGGCGCUAAUACAAACCGCGGUUCGGUGCAACCACUCCAUUCCAUGGAGGGAGAGUCAAUCCCAAAUCUUUCACUCUUUUUUUUCUCUUUUUUCCAAUUUUUUUGUUUCUUUUUUGGAUCGACCAUCGAUCAUGUGAUUUCGAUAUGUUAUGUCAUCAUAUACCACAAAUUACAGUAUAUUUUCACAGUUACUUUCUUCCCCUCCUGUUGAUGGCUUCAGUCUGUUAAUGGAAAGGGGCAAAGAGUAAGACAUAUGCACCUAUUUUUCCCGAUUCA